GCUUCUUUUUGCUUUUGGGCAACGCUCAUCCUGCCCUAUCGUUUACUUCCCACCCCCAAUCUCUCACUGGCACUCUGCUCUCUCUAUUGCCACAUCUGUGCGCUGACUUGGCUGAGCGGCUCACUCGUGGCUGCCCCAGCCGGCUGAGGGUGUUGACACUGGGACCACUACCUGCUGCCGGGGGAUUAAGCGUGCUUUGAAUACACGGAGACUGCUUUGUCGCUUUGGUUGCUGACCGCUGCGAGGGUCCACGUCAAGGACACAUAAACCCACGUGGCCAAGACACCGAGCACGGACCAAGGCAAUCCAAAGGAAUGGAUGCUCAGGGAAGCGUAAAGGAAAGCUGACAAUAAACUGGUGAAAGCUGGCAGAGAGUGAAGAAGUUGUUUCCUGCACGGACCCCGUAACGGAACAUAACGAUAAAUCGGAUCAGGGUGCAGUGAGAGAUCUUUCUUCUCAUUUUUGCUAUUGGGAUUUUCAAUUCUGGUGGUAAUAUGCUCCAAGAGAGCACCACAAAUCUCCACCUCUGGCUGCGCUUCAUUUUUCACCCUCUUUGAGUUGUUUUCUUCAAAGCGUUAACCUCGUAUUGCUCAUCCUCACGGAACCACUCUGACAGCUUGCGUGGAUUGCAAUCCUCAACUUUUCUGCCUUUCUAACACUUCAUAAGGCGUGAGGUGUACGAGAGGUAGAAUAACAAACCCAAGAGCAUGUGCUCAUUUUUUUAAGGCAUCCAGCUGCUAAUCUGCCGCAGCAGACAUACUCCAGUGCCGGUGUCAGGUUCUCAUGUGGCACACUUGUAUAUCUCUCCACUGUGACCAGCUUGUCCGCGGAAUACAAAGAAACAGCUGUGUGGAGUUAGAGGAGCAAAUUGUUGUUCAUCAGAACAGCGAGCACUGAGGUUCCGUGGAGAGCUUGGAAUAAGAUGCUUGACACCUUGCUGGCGAGCACCAGACCUUGGCAUGGUUUCUAAGGACAUUUGACUUGGGGGAAGAGGGCUUUUAGGAAGAGGGAAUCCCCUCAUCACCCGACGAAUCAGCAAUCAGGGUCACUUUAAGGACAGAAGAGGAUUCCUGUUGGAAUUGAAGUUUCUCAUGGAUACAUUACUUUUUUAAACUGCAGUUUUUCCCCGAUAAGUCGGAAGCAUAGCAGUGGAACACUCGUACACAUAUUAUCACCACCUACUUAUACUUUUAGAUUCACAGUAAGUAUUAACACCUUGCCGCCACUCAUAUAUUCCAUUCUGAAAAGACCAUUUGGAGUUUCCCCAAGGGGCCCACGACAGGAUGUAGGUAGUAAGAGGCUAGUAUGGACAGGUGGUGGGCCGACUCUAGCAAGUCCCCCUCUGUCCAGCCUUCUCCCCACCACGUGGAUGUUAUUGUAUUUAAAAAUGCAUUGCUUGGAUACGGCUGAAAGUUUGCAGCAACCCUUCUCAGCAGGAAACAAUCGGCGUGUUCCCAUCACAGUCUACAUCUGGAAACGCAGCUGAAAAUCCGGACCAUUACAGUUGCUUUUUUUGUUUUGUUUUUUCUUCAUUGGGUGUCGUUUACCCAACCGCCAUCAUUUUCUCCAACGGGUCUUUGGGCGCCUCUCGACGCCCUCCUCGCCCCGUUAUCUCCUCGGCCGCCCUGGACGGAAGGGGGUCGAUGGAGUGGACCAUGGCCGGGUGCCAUUAUCCUUCUCCAACGCCACCGGAGCGGGAGCGGAGGUACCAGCACAAAGUGUCUCUGGUGGUGCGCUACUUUAUGAUCCCCUGCAACAUCUGCCUGAUCCUGCUGGCCACGUCGACGCUGGGCUUUGCCGUGCUCCUCUUUCUCAACAACUACAAGCCUCCUCACUUUACACCGGCUCAGCCUCCUGAUGGUUGCCGAGGGAAGCUGUGCGGUUUUGGCGCAGUGUGCGAGCGAGACCCAAACGACCCGGCCAACGCAGAGUGCGUGUGCAAGAGAGGUGAAUGUCCAUCCUUGGUGGCGCCAGUAUGCGGGUCCGAUUCGUCCACCUACACCAACGAGUGUGAGCUGGAGAAAGCCCAGUGCCACACUCAGAGGCGCAUCAAGGUGCUACGUAAGGGUCCAUGCUUUCUCAAAGAUCCUUGCACUGAGGUAACCUGCAGCUACGGCAGCACCUGUGUCCAGUCCACUGACGGCUUGUCGGCUAAAUGCAUGUGCCCGCUGGGCUGCGAGGGCAGACCAGAGCAGACGGUGUGCGGCAGCGAUGGGAAGGACUACCGCAACGAGUGUGAGCUGCAUCAGUAUGCCUGCAAGCACCACAAGAACAUCAGGGUGCAACAUCAAGGACCAUGCGACCCUUGUAAAGACAAUGAGAAUAGUCUCAACACAUUGUGCCGGGUCGAGGCCCUCACCCGCCAGCCGCUCGUCUACAGCUUGCCCGGGUCGUGCCCUCCGCCUAGCGAGCCGUUAUGCGCCAGCGACGGUGAAGACUACCCCAGCGAGUGUGCCAUGAGAGCAACGGGCUUGCAGAAAGGCAUCAAACUCAGGAAGAUCCACGGGGGGCGAUGCAGAGAGCAGGACGAAUGUACGGAGGAGUGUCGCUUCAACGCCGUGUGUGUGGUCGAGCAGCUGAAUGCUCGCUGCUCUUGUGAUCCUAUCGAGUGCGACGGGACCUACAAGCCCGUGUGCGGCAAGAACGGCCGCACAUACACCAACGAGUGCGCGCGUCGCAAGGCCGAGUGCCUGGCCAAGACUCUCAUCCCCGUUAAGCAUGCGGGACCCUGUGAUCUCCACACGCCGAGCCCCUGCUUGGAUAAGGUGUGCCAUCACGGCGCAGUGUGCGUGGUCAAAAACGAUGAGCCCGUGUGUGAAUGCCCGGAAGCCUGCCCUCAAACGUCAGACCCGGUGUGCGGUUCUGACGGCAGCAGUUACGGCAGCCCCUGUGAGAUGCGAGCAAUGGGCUGUGCUCUACAGAAAACCAUCCACAUCCAGCAUAAAGGACCUUGUGACGAGGCCUGUGCCAACUGCUCUUUCGGGGCAAUCUGCGAGGCCCAAAGUGGACAGUGCAUUUGUGCAACCGAGUGCGUGGAGUCCCACCAACCCGUAUGCGGGAGCGAUGGCACCACCUACACCAGUGAGUGCGAGCUGCAUGUGCGGGCCUGCAAAAAACAGAUGGAACUCUACGUGGUCAGCCAAGGGGAGUGCAAAACUUGUGGCAACACUAUGUGUGCCUGGGGCGCCCGCUGUGUCCAAAGUAAGUGCGAGUGCCCGGCGUGCUCGGUUGAAGCGUUCUCCCCGGUGUGCGGAAGUGAUGGCACCACCUACGAAAACGAGUGUGAACUCCGCCUGUCCUCGUGCGUGCGGAAGAAGAGAAUCGAGGUGGCCAAGGCAGGCAGCUGCGAUGAAGAUUGUGGCUCAGGAGGGUCCGGCUCUGGUGCGGAGAGCUGCGAACAAGACCGCUGUCGCAUGUACGGAGGCUCGUACGACGAAGAUGCCGAAGAAGACAGAUGUGUGUGCGAUUUCAUAUGCCACACUGUGCCUCACAUCGAGGUUUGUGGUUCAGAUGGGAAAACUUACAGCAACGAGUGUGAGCUGAAGAAGGCCAGAUGUGAGAAACAAGAGCAGUUGACAGUUCAGCACCUGGGAUUGUGUACAGCCACAUCGCUGCCGAAGCCCGCCGAGCCCAAGCACUGCUCUUUGUCUGUGUACGGCUGCUGUGCCGACAACUCCACAGCCGCCUUGGGAGUCGGGCUGGCUGGCUGUCCGAGCACCUGCCAAUGUAAUGGUUAUGGCUCCUACAAGGGUACAUGUGACCCAGUCACUGGUCAGUGCUCUUGCAAGCCAGGUGUCGGGGGACAGAAGUGUGACCGCUGCGAGCCGGGCUUCUGGAACUUCCGCGGUAUUGUGACGGAGAACAUGAGCGGCUGCACACCGUGCAACUGCGACGCCAGCGGGUCCGUGCGUGACGACUGCGAGCAGAUGUCCGGUCUGUGCUCUUGUAAGGCCGGGGUGAAGGGCAUGAAGUGUAAUAUGUGUCCAGAUGGAAGCAAGAUGGGCAUGAAUGGCUGUGACAAAGGUCCAGAGGCUCCAAAUUCAUGUGAUGAGUUAGUUUGUAGUUUUGGAGCAUCUUGUACUGAGGUGAAUGGUCAGGCCCAUUGCGAGUGCCCCUCACCAGACUGUGACGAGCGGAACAAAACAAAGGUGUGCGGUUCUGAUGGGGUGACGUAUGCAGACCAGUGCCAGCUGAGGACUAUUGCCUGUAGGCAGGACAAGGAUGUCACAGUGCUACACUUGGGACAGUGCACAGAAACCAUCUCCGAGCGUGCUGAGCAACCCACUCCAACCCCUCUCGCCGCCACCACCAUCUCAGCGCCAGCCCCCUUAGAUCAUAAGGUGUGGGCCAUCCCGCCUCCGAGAACGGUCGAGACUGCGGUGCGGCACCCUGCCACCACGCCCUCACCCACCCUCACCCACCACCGUGCGCAAAUAAACCACCACCACCACUCCAUCCACAUCCAACCUCAGUCGCCGUGGUCAACCCCUGCCCCUACCGCUACCACCUCUGGAGGUAGCCCCGCCUCCUCCGCUGCUGAGAAUUCUUUCGAGGGUUCGGGCAGUGGGCAGUCGAGUGGAGAUGACCAAGCUGAGGAGGAGGAGGAUCAGGAAGAGGAAGCGGGUAGCGGCGUCCCGACAGAGGCCAGUGGGGCGGAGGAGCCUUUUGGACCCACACUGGAAAACCCUGCUAUACCCAUCGCUGACCACAGGUCGCCAUGUGACAACACAGAAUUUGGAUGCUGCCCUGACAGUGAGACUCCGGCCAGCAGCCCAGAUGGAGCCAACUGUCCACCCACCAUGAAGUUCAGUGGUUUCCUGCACUUGGACCAGGUGGAGGGACAAGAAAUAGUCUACACCCCCGAGAUGGAGGAUCCAAAAUCUGAGCUUUUUGGAGAGACGGCCCGCAGUAUCGAGAGUGCCCUCAAUGACCUGUUCAGGAAGUCGGAGGUACGGAGAGACUUCAUGAGCGUAAGUGUCCGCAACCUGGCACCUAGCAACUCCAUCCUGGUCUUUGUGGAGGCAAAUUUCAAACCAGAUACAAGAUACACUGUAGAGGACAUCGAGGGAGCCCUGCUUAAACAGCUGAAGGUCUCCAAGGAAACAAGCAUCACAGUGAAGAAGCCAGUGGAUGAAAAUAUUCGCUUCAACAACUAUGGCCUUUCCUCCAUGCCCUUCUUUACUACCACCACUGCAUCAGUCACCACUGAUGCUCCCACCACCGCCACCAGACGUAUGGUAACCUCCCGCUAUAUCACCCGCCGGCCCCCGGGCACGACCCGGAGGCCUAGCACUGGCAGACGGACCACCACGACAUCCGGACCCGUCAGCACCCCAAUCCCCAUCACCACCACGGUGCAACCGAUCAUCACUACGACGGCAAUCCCGCCCACCACCACUGUAGCCCACGUCCACGAAAGACUACACAAGCACCAGAGACCCUGCGAUUCCCACCCUUGCCUCCACGGAGGAACCUGCGAGGAGGAGGGCAAUGACUUCAGCUGCAAGUGCCCCGCCGGGAGAGGAGGCUCUGUGUGCGAAAAAGUGAUCAAGUACUUCAUCCCGUCAUUCGGAGGCCACUCCUACUUGGCCUUCCAAACCAUGAGCGCAUACCACACAGUCCGCAUCGCCAUGGAUUUCAGGGCAUCAGAGAUGACGGGCAUCCUGCUCUACAAUGGCCAGGAGAACAAGAAGGACUUUAUCUCGCUGGCUGUGGUGAAUGGAAAAGUAGAACUCAGGUUCAACACAGGUUCGGGUACAGGCAUCGUGGUCAGCAACAUUGAAAUCACUCAGGGUCGCUGGCAUCAGCUGGUGGUGACCCGCAAUCGGCGUCUCGCCAUGCUCAGUGUGGACAAUGAGCCGCACGUCGAGGGCGAAAGCCCACGCGGAACUGACGGCCUCAACCUGGACACCAAUCUGUUCAUUGGAGGGGUGCCUGAAGAAAUGAAGCAGGAUGUAAAGGAGAGGACGGGUGUAGCCUCAGGUCUUGUGGGCUGCAUCCGCCUGCUUGAUGUCAACAACCGAGUGCUCAACCUACAAGAGGAUGGCGUUGAUAAUCUCUAUGGCAGUGGUGUGGGCGAAUGUGGCAAUAACCCAUGCCUGCCAAAUCCCUGCAAGAAUGGGGCCACUUGCCAGGUUAAAGAAGCUGAGAUGUUCCACUGCCAAUGCAGCAAAGGAUUCUGGGGUCCAACGUGCGCAGACGUCCAUGACCCGUGCGAGCCCAGCAGAUGCCAUCCGUCCUCCCAGUGCCAGGCACUUCCCGAGGGAGGCUACAAGUGUGAAUGUCCUAUGGGACGUGAAGGGAGGCACUGCGAGAUAGUUGCUGAGAGGCGAGGGGCAUACAUGCCACUCUUCAAUGGAGACUCAUACCUGGAGCUCAAGGGACUUCAUCUUUACGGACAUGAUCUGCGCCAAAAAGUCAGCAUGACAGUGGUUCUCAUGGCCAAUGAUUCCAACGGCCUGAUCUUCUACAACGGGCAAAAAUCUGACGGAAAGGGAGACUUCAUCUCUUUGUCCCUCAAUGAGGGGAUCCUGGAGUUCCGCUAUGACCUCGGCAAAGGCCCUGCUACCAUCAGGAGUAAAGAACCAAUCAGGCUCAACAUGUGGUACACGGUCAAUUUGGAGCGCUCCAAUCGCAAAGGAGAGAUCAUGGUGAACAAGAAAGACGCCGUUCGAGGAGAGGCACCGAACCUCCACGUGGACCUAAACCUGAAAGAGUCUCUCUUUGUUGGUGGGGCUCCUGACUAUAGUCGACUUGCACGAAGUGCCGCCCUCACAGAAGGCUUCAAGGGAACGAUCCAAAAGAUCAUUUUGAUGGGCACGCCCAUCCUCCGAGAAGAAAACGCCCUGCGCUCCCAGAAUCUGGCCAUGUUCCAGGAGCACGCAUGUUCCCGGGAACCCUGCCACAAUGGCGGGCGUUGCAACCCCCAGCUGGACACUUAUGAGUGUGUGUGCCUCAGUGGCUACUCCGGGGGACACUGUCAGAACACCAUUUACGAGAAGUCUGCCGGGACUGACACGGAGGCCGUUGCCUUUGACGGCCGGACAUUCAUCGAAUACCACAACGCCGUCACAAGGAGCGAAAAGGCUCUGCUGGUGAACAAAUUUGAGCUGAGCAUUCGCACGGAGGCGACCCAAGGCCUCGUGUUGUGGAGCGGGAAGGGGGUGGAGCGUUCCGACUACAUCGCUCUGGCCGUCGUGGACGGUCGUGUUCAGAUGAUGUACGACCUGGGCUCCAAGCCAGUGGUGUUGCGCUCUUCAGUGCGCGUCGACACCAACCGCUGGAUACGCAUCAAGGCUAGCAGAGCGCUACGAGAUGGAUCGCUACAAGUCGGCAAUGAGGCAGCAGUGACAGGAUCGUCGCCUUUGGCGGCAACUCAGCUGGACACGGACGGAGCGCUUUGGCUGGGCGGUCUGGAAGAAGUGGCGGUGGCACGUCGGCUGCCCAAGGCCUACAGCACGGGCUUUGUGGGCUGCAUCAAGGACGUGCUGGUGGAUGGCGUGGAGCUUCACCUGGUGGAAGACGCCCUGAAUAGCCCCCAAAUAUUACAUUGUCCGGCGGCCAAAUAAGCAGGCACGGAAAAAACACUGCGAAAUGAAAAAGCAAAUCAGUCAAUACGCAAGAAAUCCUCCUCGUCUUUUCCACUCAAUCCAUAGCACCCAUGUCUCCUGCUGUAAUUGUUUUCUAUUUUUGUAUACUGUUCAUCAAUUAUUUUUGGUGCGGGGAGAAAAUGUUUUCAAAUUUCUUGUUGGUUUUUUUUUCACAAUUUCCUUUAAUCUGCACCUACAUUCACAUGUCCAUUGCCUUUUUUUUAAAUCAACGUUUAAAACAUUUUCGGUGUAAUAGUUUUGCUGUUAAGUCUGUUGCCAAGGUAACCAAAAAGGUUGCUUAUUGACUUUACUCAUGACUUGAAUUCUGGUGUUGAUUGUUACUUAAUCCCUUGUUGUGGUACCAUAUCGUCAUUUCUAUUCCCCCAAAUUCUUUUAACAUACAAUAAUAUAUAUACUAUAUACAUGUUAUAUAAUACUACAUUCCCUCACCACCUCCCAACUCAUUGUAUUUCUCUAAUGGAACUCUUUGAGAUCAGUCAAGCUGCUACGGUGACAAAGUACAAAAAAAAAAAAAAAAUCCACUCCCAUCGCUCUUCACAGCACCAAAAAUUUAUUAAUUUGAAACUGAUACCGAUAUUUACUGGAACUGAAGCCUGUCAGACUCUAACACAUCUAACAUCUGGAACAAAGUCUUAUGAAUAAUUAUAGAGUUUAUAAAUAAUACCAGAGACUGUGAAUAUUAGAGGUGGCUUCUCCUCAGAGAGAGGCAUGUAUUUUUUUUUCAUCAAAUUAUCACUCAUGAUGACCACUAUUAAUGCAUGGACGUAUGCAGUGUCAAUUGUUUUGUCUUUAAUCCCGCAAAAGAAACACAUGGAAAAAAAAACAACCUUUCUUCCCUCUACAAUAGCAAAGGUAUCGGUUCAUUGUCCAAAGCUUUUUCCAGGUAUUACACAAGAAUCUUGAAUGGUGCAAAAGGGGGAAAGUUGUUCUCCGGGAGGAUGGAAAAAAGAGCAACGCAAGGAAAAAGAGACGAUUAUUCUGGCAUGUAUUUUGCCCGACAAAUCAACAAUCAACAAAAGACUUGAGUUCCCUUUUUUUUAUAUUCCACAUUGCUGGAAGAAUCCGAUGCGGCUGUUGAGAGAGACUGCGACUCUUGUUGAAGCCAUAACAGCCACAAAUCAAUGUUAACUAACAUACUGUAGUAGCGCAUGGGUUUGUAACAUUCAGCGACGCAACGAGGAACUGCUGAACCACAAUAAGCUGUGAUGACUGAUAUCUUCUUUUGAUAUGAGAUCUUUGGCAAUAUAUUCUAUAACAAAAUCUGUUUUGUGGUUGGGUAGCAAACGGUCUUGUUGGUUUACUUUCUUAAUGUUCCCCCUCUGAAAUAAUCUGGCAACCAUUUUUUUUUUUUAUGUACAGGCCACCUGUUUUAAGUGUAAAUUUAGCUAAAUGUGUUAUCUGUGGAGGUCUGUUUGUUUGUUUUAGUAAUAUACACUGGAGCCAUGUCUCUUCUUCCACACUUUGAUAAAUGUACAUGGGGGAGGGAUGUCACUAAAGCUAUAAUAUAACUGUCGUGCAUAAUAUCAGGUGAAAUCAGGAAGCCCUUUUCUGGUGUAUCAAGCCACAUUGCAAUUCCAACACUCGCUCUCUAUAUCUUAUUUUGGCCACCCUGUUCUUUGGUUUGGAUCCAUUGAGGUGGCGACACCUUAAAAAAAUAUACAUACAUGUAUAUUGGUAUGUGACACCAGACAAUAAUGCCACAUGAUUUAAUGUCAACUCGGAAUUGCCUUUAAAGCCACCAGUCACCUUGACUCUAAGCAUCGUCCUUAUUUUAGCCGAUUGAUAAACUCCAUCCCCAUAUAAUAGGAAUAAUAAUGACAGAUAGUGAUAGUUAAAAAAAACACGACAAGAGGAAUGUUCAGAUCCUCUCUUCUGUUCCUUAUUUAUAUCUAAAAGUGGGUGUAAGCGACUGUCUGAUCACAAACUUCUUAAAACGGCAGUGCAUUGAGUAAAAGUGGCAUGACCUGAACAUUACUAACUUUAUGACCUUUGUCUUGUGUUCUUACCAUCAUGAAAUAAAAUGUCAACCAAAAUGGA